AGGGGUUGGUGGUGUGCGGAACGAGGUGCACGCACGUCCUGCGUGUUGACGUAAAGCCAUCGGAGUAGGUAUAUUACGGGUGUAGCGAAGCUGUGUACUUCAGAGCUAUAGUUCCCUGUGAGAGGUUAAAUAGGAGGGUGUAAUUACGUCUGCUGUGGGAGAUCCCGAGUUCUCGGUUUUCUUCAGGGAUGAGUCAUGUGGCGGUGGAAAAUACGCUUGGGCUGGACCAGCAGUUUGCUGGUUUAGACCUGAACUCCUCUGAUAAUCAGGGUGGAGGAGGAAGUACAGCGAGCAGUAGCAAAGGGCGCUAUAUACCUCCUCAUUUAAGAAACAGAGAAGCAUCUAAAGGAUACUAUGAUAAGGACAGUUCAGGGUGGAGUUGUAGUAAAGAUAAGGAUGCAUACAGCAGUUUUGGGUCUCGUGAUUCAAGACGAAAGCCAAGUUAUUUCAGUGAACGUGGAAGUGGAUCAAGAGGAAGAUUUGAUGACCGAGGACGGAGUGACUGUGAUGGUAUGGGCAGUCGUGGUGACAGAACUGGGUUUGGCAAAUUUGAGCGAAGUCGUUGGUGUGAUAAAUCAGAUGAAGAUAAUUGGUCAAAACCACUUCCACCAAGUGAACGCUUAGAACAGGAACUCUUCUCUGGAGGUAACACUGGGAUUAACUUUGAGAAAUAUGAUGAUAUACCAGUAGAGGCAACAGGCAAUAACUGCCCUCCACAUAUUGAAAGUUUCAGUGAUAUUGAAAUGGGAGAAAUUAUCAUGGGGAACAUUGAGCUUACCCGUUACACUCGUCCUACUCCAGUGCAAAAACAUGCUAUUCCUAUUAUCAAAGAAAAAAGAGACUUAAUGGCUUGUGCUCAAACAGGAUCUGGAAAAACUGCAGCAUUUCUUCUACCCAUCUUAAGUCAGAUAUAUACAGAUGGUCCAGGAGAGGCCUUGAAGGCCGUGAAGGAAAAAGGAAGAUAUGGGCGUCGCAAACAAUACCCAAUUUCCUUGGUGUUAGCCCCAACAAGAGAAUUGGCUGUACAGAUCUAUGAGGAAGCCAGAAAAUUUUCAUACAGGUCUAGAGUUCGUCCUUGUGUAGUUUAUGGUGGUGCUGAUAUUGGUCAGCAGAUUCGGGACUUAGAACGUGGAUGCCAUUUGUUAGUAGCCACUCCAGGACGUCUAGUGGAUAUGAUGGAAAGAGGAAAAAUUGGAUUAGACUUCUGCAAGUAUUUAGUGUUGGAUGAAGCUGAUAGGAUGCUAGAUAUGGGAUUCGAACCUCAGAUACGUCGUAUAGUUGAACAAGAUACUAUGCCACCAAAGGGUGUUCGCCACACUAUGAUGUUUAGUGCUACUUUUCCUAAGGAGAUACAGAUGCUUGCCCGUGACUUCUUGGAUGAAUAUAUCUUCCUGGCUGUAGGCAGAGUAGGCUCUACUUCGGAGAACAUCACACAGAAAGUGGUUUGGGUAGAAGAGGCAGACAAACGGUCAUUUCUACUUGAUCUCUUAAAUGCAACAGGCAAGGAUUCACUGACUUUAGUGUUUGUGGAGACCAAAAAGGGUGCAGAUUCACUGGAGGAUUUCUUAUACCACGAAGGAUACGCAUGUACCAGUAUUCAUGGAGACAGAUCUCAGAGAGAUAGAGAAGAGGCCCUUCAUCAGUUUCGCUCAGGGAAAAGCCCUAUUCUAGUAGCUACAGCUGUGGCAGCAAGAGGUCUAGACAUUUCAAAUGUGAAACAUGUAAUCAAUUUUGAUUUGCCAAGUGAUAUUGAAGAAUAUGUACACCGCAUUGGCCGUACAGGACGUGUUGGAAACCUUGGCCUUGCCACUUCAUUCUUUAAUGAAAGAAAUGUAAAUAUCACAAAGGAUUUGUUGGAUCUUCUUGUGGAAGCUAAACAAGAAGUGCCAUCUUGGUUGGAGAAUAUGGCUUAUGAACACCAUUACAAAGGUAGCAGUCGUGGACGCUCAAAGAGUAGAUUCAGUGGAGGAUUUGGUGCCAGAGACUACCGACAAAGUAGUGGAUCCAGCAAUUCUGGUUUUAGUAGUAAUCGCGCAAGCAACAGCUGCAGUGGUGGAGGUGGUCAUGGCAGUAACAGAGGAUUUGGUGGAGGUGGCUAUGGAGGCUUCUACAAUAGUGAUGGAUAUGGAGGAAAUUAUAACUCCCAGGGGGUUGACUGGUGGGGCAACUGAAUCUGCUUUGAAGCAAAGUCACCCUUUCAUACAAGCUAAUAUGGAAACCACAUGUAACUUAGCCAGACUAUAUCGUGUAGCUUCAAGAACUUUGCAGUACAUUACCAGCUGUGAUUCUCCUGAAAAUUCCAAGGGAGCUCAAAGUCAAAAGAAGAAAGGAACAACCAGCAGCCCUAUUCAGAAGUUGGUUUGAAGAUCUAGUUGCUAUAGUUUGGAUUAACUCCCCUCCUGCUUAGUCCCUCCCCAAACUGCAUUUAUAAUUUUAUGACUGAGGAUCAUUUGUUAAUGUACUGUGACUUAUUAUUUUGAUGUCCUGUUGACUCAAUAAUGCUCAAGAUAUCAAUUCUUUUGACAAAUAAAUUUACUGAACUUGGGCUACAAUCAAACCUUGGCACACAGGUGUGAUACAACUUAACAGGAAUCAUCAGUUCAUACAUACAUGUAAUGAUAAAGAAAAAAAUUACAAAGUAGUAGCCUGUUAAUGAUAUUUCCAUCUUUGCAGACUGGGGGGAAGAAACAUGAAAACAUAAUUCGUUUCUAAUGUGGCAAACUGUACUAAGUUAAAGUUGUGACUUGCUCACUCUAUCCUGGAUAGGCACUUGAAACCUUAAACUCUUUUUAAGAAGCCAUUCCAGGCAUUAUCAGGUGUGUUGUAUGAAUACACCCAAAUGUUUUUGAAAGCAGUCUUUUGAAAGUUAACAUUUAAUACACAAUUCCUUAUUUAAUGUUUAGACAGUUAUUGAUUUUAAGUUAGGCAUCUGUGGGCAUAUGAUUACAGGAAAAGUUUAAAGGUUUGUUUGGAGGGUUCAUUUAAUUAUAUUCUUUAAUGCCUGCCAUAAAUAAAAUUGAGAUGGUAGAAUGGCUGACCAUGUCAAUGACCAAUCCUCAUUACCGGCCUUGUUGGAUUCUGGUCCUUAACGCAUGCUAGUGUUGAUGUUUUUUGGUCAAGGGCAUGUGAACAGAAAGGAUUAUGCAGCAGGCUUUAUUUUAAUACAGAUUCAUAUUUCUCUAUUAACAGCUGCAUUGAAACAAACGUUAAAAUGGCUUACACUUGUAGACUUUGUAAAUUCGUAGAAUAACAAACUGAAAUCCUUGAGAUCUCACAGGUUGGAAAUAUGUACUAAACUGCACAAGGUGUUAAUUCUUUAUAGUGCAGUUUCAGUUAUUUUUUUAGUUGCAUAGGUUUCCAUUAUAUUUAUAAUCUCUUUAUGCUAAAUUUGGCCAAAGAUGUUGUCCACUUCUAAAAAUGCCUCUCCCACCUAGAAUUUUGUGGCCAGAAUGGAGAGUGACCUUUAAGAAAAGUAUAUCUUGAAAGUGGCAUAAGAAGUUGGUAAAAAUUUCUUAAAGUGCAAUAGAUUUUCAAGUGUAUUGUGCCUUGUUCUAAAACUACUGUAGUAGGUGCACUUGAUAGUAUUAAGGACAUUUGUUACGGUGCUAUUUCAAUUAAUAUAGGUGUAGACUCUUGUACAUUUUGCCCAUAACUUUUUACAAAGUACUUAUUUUAUUGCACAUUCAGAGAAUUUUAUAUAUAUGUCUUCUGUGCGAGUCCUUAAACUUCCAAUCUUAUUUUGUCUCUUGGAGAUUGUUGAAAGCAGCUUGUCAAGAACUAGAUUCUAAAAUUUUUUUUGGGACCAUAGAAUGAUAGAUGAGAAGAAAACUAUUUGCACAUGACAGACUUUAGAUAACUUUUUGCUGCUAGUUUGUGUAAUAUUUAUUGAACAUUUUGACAGAUAUUUAUUUUUGUAAGCCUAAAAGUGAUUCGUUGAAAGUUUAAAGAAACUUGACCAAAAGACAAUACAAAAACACUGGCAAUUGAAUGUUGAAUGUCACCAUGUGUGAAAUAAUAAUAUAUUUCGGGGUAGUGUGAGCUUUUCAUGUUAAGUCCUAUUAAACUUGAGUCAAAUUAACCAGAUCUGGCAUUUGCAAUGUAGCUAUAAUUUUCUGACAAAAUUGGCAAUGUGAGAUGAAAAUAUGCCAAGGUUUUGAUACUUGUCUUAAAGAUAUUAAUGAAAACACUUUUAAACACUGAUUCUCAAAAAAUUCUCUUGAGUUUUGUUUAGUUUUGUUUGUAUUGGUUUUAAGUGAUUGUCUGGCAUAUUUGCAAUCUUCAAACAUGUGGUUAUCUUUGUGUAUUGCCAUAAUCAGUGACUCUUACAUUCAGCCAGCAUAUUUUCAGUAAAUAAGAAUGGAUUUAACUUGUUGAAUGUAAAUAUUGAACUUCAAGUCACUGUAAAUUUAGUAACUGCUUAUUGUAUUAGUUCUAGAUGCUAGCACUGCAUGUGCUGUGUUAUUCUGAUUUUACUAAAAUAAAAAAUUGAACACAA